AUGACAACGUCAGGCCGAAUUCAAUCAGCACCACUUGUCUGGAUCAAUGGCUUCCCAGGCGUGGGCAAGCUGACCAUAGCCCGUGAGGUUCAGCGGAUGCUGGGCUACGAGAGCGUUACCUUCAUCGAUAACCACACGCUCAUCGACCCUGUCCAGCUGGCGCGUGACCACCCAGAAUAUCAGGAGCAACGGCGUGCGAUUCGGCAGAACGCCUUCAACCACUAUGUGCUUGGUUUGGAACCCGCGCUGCUAACGACAGAUCGCCAAGGUUGCCAGGUACAGCUUGCGAAAACAAUUAUCUUCACGGAUUUCCAGACAGCCAACGAGCUUGGCUCUAGCGUAGCACGAGAGUAUCAGGCGGCCGCUGCAAAGGCCGGGAGGCUAUUCCUGCCCGUGUACCUGGAAUGUGAGAGAGAAGAGAACGUGAGGCGCGCUGUGAGGCCAGAGAGAACGGCAGAUGGCAAAGGAAAGUUAGUCGACAGGGUUGUACUCGAGGAUUUCCUGAGUCGCUGCACGUUGUUCGAGUUUGAGGGAGUCGACGGGCUGCGGAUCGAUGUCACAGGUCGGACACCGGCUUACGUCGCGGCGGAAAUGGUGGUGAUAAUACGGAGGCUCAUGGCCAGUGAUGAAGUUUCGCCUUCUUGA